AUGUGCUCCAGACAGAGCGGGUGCCACAGCUGUGGCUGCUGCUGCUGCUGCCGGGGCAGCCAACAGUCCCAGGGCUCCUCCAGCGGGGGAGGAGGAGGAUCCUGCUGCGGUGGAGGAUCCUCCGGAGGAUCAGCCCAGAAGAUCAUUAUCAGCUCUGGCGGCGGAGGAGGAGGAGGAGGAGGCUCCUCCGGAUGCUGUGGAGGGGGAUCCGGUGGCGGUUCUUCAAAGAGCAUGAUGGGAGGAGGAGGAGGAGGAGGAGGAUGCUGUGGUGGAGGCUCCAGUGGUGGCUCCUCAAAGAGCAUGAUGGGCGGCGGAGGUAGUGGAGGAUCCUCUGGAUGCUGCGGUGGUGGAUCUAGUGGUGGAUCUUCUGGGAUGAAGAUCAUAAUGGGAGGUGGAGGCGGUGGAGGUUCUUCCGGAUGCUGCGGUGGCGGAGGAUCUGGUGGUGGCUCCUCAAAGAGCAUGAUGGGCGGUGGAGGCGGUGGGUGCUGUGGUGGAGGAUCUGGUGGUGGCUCCUCAAAGAGCAUGAUGGGCGGUGGAGGUGGUGGGUGCUGUGGUGGUGGGUCCAGUGGUGGCUCUUCUGGGAUGAAGGUCAUCAUGGGAGGUGGAGGUGGUGGAGGAUCCUCCGGAUGCUGCGGUGGAGGAUCUGGUGGUGGAUCUUCAAAGAGCAUGAUGGGCGGUGGAGGCGGUGGAGGAUCCGGUGGAUGCUGUGGUGGAGGAUCUGGUGGUGGCUCCUCAAAGAGCAUGAUGGGUGGUGGAGGCGGUGGGUGCUGUGGUGGAGGAUCCGGUGGUGGAUCUUCAAAGAGCAUGAUGGGCGGUGGAGGUGGUGGGUGCUGCGGUGGAGGAUCUGGUGGUGGCUCCUCAAAGAGCAUGAUGGGCGGUGGAGGCGGUGGAGGAUCCGGUGGAUGCUGUGGUGGAGGAUCCGGCGGUGGCAGUGGGGGAUCAGCCCAGAAGAUCAUCAUCAGCUCUGGCGGCGGAGGAGGAGGAGGAGGAGGCUCCUCCGGCUGCUGUGGAGGAGGAUCCGGUGGUGGCUCUUCAGGAGGGAAGAUCAUUAUGGGAGGUGGAGGCGGUGGUGGAUCCUCCGGAUGCUGUGGUGGCGGAUCGGGCGGCGGCUCCUCGGGCCAGACCAUCAUCAUCAGCUCUGGAGGUGGCGGCGGAGGCUCCUCGCAGCAGAAAUGUCCUGUUGUCAUCCCCAGCAUGGUGCCCCACCAGACCAAGCAGAGCUCCAACUGGCCCUGCCAGCAGAAGUAA